AUGGUCUCAAUAGAUAAUGUGGAGUUAGAGGAAACCAGUGAAGGUAUUGAGAUGAAGAGAUACUUGCCUAAGGAUAUUAUGCCUCAGGAGGAAACACCCGUUCUAUCGAAUGACUCCUCUCGAAGCACCAGCCCACAGAGAUAUGUAACUCCCGAGGAGACCGAGGUUGAGGUAUCUUUGGACAGCAUCAGAUCGUCGGUGACUAAACGUGGGUUACAAAUUGGAAGUGGCCACUCUUCCACAGUUCUCUUAGAAGGCGCUCGUGAUGGACAUGAAAGAAAGAAGUCGAUGAGUGAAGAGUGA